AUGGCCGCUGAGAAAGAUAACGGCGUGCUGUCCGACACCGAGGGCAGCGAGAAGGCAACCCGAGAGCAGCUGAAGAAGGCCCACCUCCAAGAUGCCGAUAAGCCAGAUGCGAGCGCACACGAUCCAACCUACGAAGCCGUGACCUCGACUGAUACAAUCGGCACGGCAUUCGAAGCUCGAGGUCGCCUACAAAAAAAGAGAAGUUACGAUGAGGUCGAGGGCGUGUCAGCACAGGACGCUACAACAUCUACCCGACAGCACACGAGGAAGCGCUCGCGCGACAGUACAGCAGAAGAAGAUGUGCUGAACAAUGGCCAAAGAAAGUCUCACGAGCUCGAGCGAACUGGAAACGAGGUAGCCGAUGCACAUGCUGAAGCCAACGCAUCUGCCAAGCCUCCACGGCCAGGCACACCCGAACAAGGCACAGACGCACGUAGCGAACCGGCAGUAGAAACAUUGACCAGCCCGAAGACUAAGAGGAGUCGCCUGCAUUCCACUGAUGCUACUGAGGUUACGACAACCCAAGAAGAUUUGAAGAAGGAAGAAGCAACGAAGCUUCCGCCCGGAAGCGCAUUCGGAAAUGCAUCGUCAGCAUCACCAUUCGGAGCUCUUGCCGGUAGCAAAUCUCCCUCAGCAGAAGCACAGACGUCUGCCAGCGCAUUCAGCUCAUCAGCCUUCGGUGCUCUAGCAGCUUCGUCAUCUUCUGGAUUUGGUGCGCUCGGCAAGACGACAGGAGGACCAGGUGUAGGUGGUGGAUUUGGAAGCGGCGCAAAGAGUCCACUGAACACGAAAGAGAACGAUAAACCACCAUCUACUGGUGGCUUCGGAGGCGCUCUUGGCCAACAGUCAGCAUUUUCCGCUGCUGGCAGUAGCGGGAGUGGAUUUGGAUCUUCGUCUUCAGGCUUUUUGUCACUCGGCAGCAAGAGUGCCAGUGGCUUUGGAAGCAGCCUCGCAGGCGCGACUGGCGGCAGCGGAUUUGGCUCUCUUGGAGGUGGCGGUCUUUCCAGCUUCGCAAGCGGCAAGCCUACGGCACCGUUCGGUGUCAGCGCUAAGAGCGCGAAGCCAUUUGGUGCGAAAAAUGACGAGGAUGAGGACGAUGGAGGCGAUGAUGAAGAGGACGAUCGAUCUGGCAUGAAGAGUCCACUGUCUCAAGAGGAAGAAAAACAAGAUGAGCGCUUCUACGAGCAAUCUUUGGAGACCGGCGAAGAAGGCGAAGUCACGGAAUUCAGUUGUCGCUCCAAACUCUACAACUACGCGGCAGUCGAGAGUGGCAAGAAGGAGUGGCGAGAGCGUGGCAUUGGCGUGCUCAAACUCAAUGUCAAAAAGCCUGCACCGGAUGACGAGGAUGCGAAGCUGACAGCCCGACUACUCAUACGCGCCGACGGAUCGCAUCGCAUCAUGCUCAAUACGCCCAUCAAGAAGGAGCUCCAGUUUGGCGAUCGGUGUGGUGAAAAGCCUCAGGGUGGAAAUGUCCUCUUCUCUGGCACGAUUGACGACAAGCCGGAUCUGGCGCUUUUGCAACUCAAGCUGAAGCACAUCAACGCGCUCGAGCUGUACGAUAAGAUCAAGGAUCUGCAAGCAAGCAUGUAA